AUGCGGCUGGUUUCCGCACUGGCGGUCCUGGCCGCUGCGCUCCCCCUCCAGGCGGAAUGCUCACGCCUCACGCCUCCUGUCCUUCCUCUGAUCGUGCGAAACCCGUACCUCAGCACUUGGCUAGCUAACGCACGAGACGUGCCGUGGGAAAAAUGGCCCAUGUUUUGGACCGGCCAAGAGAUUGGCUUCUCCAUUCUCGCCAGUGUCCCGGAGACGAGGGCGGCAUACCCAUUGCUCGGAAGACCUCAGGACUCGCUGCGGAAGGAGGGUGACAACUAUACCGUGUCCUCGCCGAUCUACCACGGAGCUGUCUAUGAUGCCUCCACCACGAAUCUGUCCUACUCUCUGCCGCUGUCUUCACUCUACCCGCAGUCCAGCUACAUUGACAUUACGGUCUCUUUCUUGUCCCCUAUAACUCCCACUUCGACUGUCAGACAGUCCAUCCCCGCGAGCUAUGUCACUGUCUACGUCUCCGGUAAUGUGCCUGUUGAUAUCUACAUCGACGUCAAUGGCCAAUGGGUCAGCGGUGACCGGGGAAGCAAGAUCGUCUGGGGACUUGAUCAUACAGCUCUGGAGGGUAUAUCCCGCGGUUUCAAGACGUGGAAGGUCCAGCGGGCAGUGCAACAGCUGUUCACCGAAUUUCAAGAUCGAGCUGAAUGGGGUACCCUCUACUUCUCCGCGCCCUCAGACGUGCAUCAUGAAGCCGGUGUGUCGGCUCGGUUGAGGCAGCAAUUUGCCCGGAAUGGGACAUUAGGAGACCGGAUCGAUCACAAAUUCCGGUCGAUUAUGGAUGAAGAACCUGUCUUCGCAUUCUCCAAGUCUUUUGACCUGAACGGUACACGAUCCACGGACCAGAGUAUCACGUUUACGAUCGCUCACAUUCAGGACCCCGUUGUUCAGUUUGCCGCGGCGAGGGGGCUUACCUACAUGCGCCCUCUGUGGGAAUCAUAUUUCCCGACUGUCCAAGAGGUUCUCACCUUCCACUACCUCGAUUUCAAUCAUGCUAGCGAAUUGGCGGCAAACUAUUCGGCGAAAUUGGCUGUGGAUGCCUUCAAGUCUGGUGCGGAAGACUACGUCGACAUCGUUGCACUCUCUGCUCGUCAGGUGCUGGGAGCGACGAGCUUUUCGGGUACCCCAGACGAUCCGAUUCUCUUCCUGAAGGAAAUUUCGUCAAACGGAAACUUCCAGACGAUUGACGUUAUAUUCCCUGCGUUUCCGUUCUUCUUGUACACAAAUGCGCGCUGGCUUGGAUAUCUGCUCGAGCCACUUAUUGAGCACAUGCUGAGCGGCCAAUAUCCAAACAAAUAUGCCAUGCAUGACCUUGGAUUUCAUUUCCCAAAUGCUACCGGGCACCCGUUAGGGCAAGACGAGUACAUGCCGGUCGAAGAGUGUGGAAAUAUCCUGAUCAUGGGAUUGGCAUUGGCGAAUGCUCUGAAAAAUGAUGCGGGCUGGACUGCAUCAUCCACAUGGCAGCCGAUGGGCGGAGUUCCCACACCGAUGCCUUCGUCGGACAGCCUGGCUCCGUUGUCUGUGGGCAAGGAGGAUGGCAUUCUCUACAUUGACGAUGCUUGGGUUGGGCAACCGGAAAGCCUGAAGAGAGCCGAGAAGUGGGUUCGCAGAAGCUAUCGAUUAUGGAAACAAUGGACAAGUUACCUGGUCGAGUUUUCUCUGCUACCCCACAAUCAGCUCUCGACCGACGACUUUGCCGGCUGGCUGGCUCUGCAGACCAACCUGGCUCUUAAAGGUAUCAUUGGCAUUAAAGCCAUGGCCGGGCUUGCAGAACUCACGGAGAACUAUGCAGAUGCGAAAGUGUUCAACAACAUCUCCAAAGUGUACAUUGAAAAGUGGGAAGAAUAUGGGAUUUCUCGAGACAAGACCCAUGCCAAGGUUGCGUACAAUUGGUAUGGUUCCUGGACAACCACGUACAAUCUGUAUGCGGACAGUCUCCUGUGCUUCCACUUGGGCUCAGCCAACUCCUCGGAAACAACCUCCAUCGCUGGACGGUAUGAGUACCAGAAACCCCUCAAGGACUCCAUUAGGGGAGACAAGGACGGAUUCGUGCCGAAACACAUAUACCAGAUGCAGAGCGACUGGUACUACGCCGUUCGUCAGAAAUAUGGACUGCCUCUCGACUCGCGACAUCUAUACACCAAGACGGAUUGGGAAUUCUUUGCGAUGGCGGUGGCGGCGCCAAAAGUCCGAGCCAAUAUACUGCAAUCUGUGGCUAAGUGGGUGAACGAGACAGUCACCGACCGACCAUUUACCGACCUACACAUGACGGAAGGGAGAGGAGAGUUUCCCGGUCCGAACUUUUUUGCGAGACCUGUUGUUGGAGGACAUUUUGCAUUUUUGACAUUGGGACAAGCGUGCAACGGCAAGGCCAUGGAUGGGCUGAAGUACCUGAAUGACGAUGUGACGAAACAGAUGGAUGUGCAGGGCAUAUUGGACGCGGAACGAGCGGAGGCUGGAUGGCACUCCCUCGAGCUGUGA